GCACCGAUGUCAGUUGUAAGCGGCACUUACAGCAUUAUCGUGAUCGGCGUGAUGUAGUCUGCUAAUGUACCCUAUUAGUUGCAAACUUGCAAUAUCGAAUUCGCCCUUUAUUUUUAUAAAUUUAAUUGAAAAAUUCAAUUUUCAAUGGCGUCUCCCGUGGAUGUUUCUAAUUCAUUUCAUGAAGGCUUGGGCACUGCGGACCUUGUGGAACUGAUGGAAAGACAAUUGCAAGAGUUGGAUGCUACUGAGUUUGAAUUGCCCACACUUGCUGAGCUCCCCACUCUAGAAAGCAUUUUGAGUGAGCCUGACUACAAUGGAGAGAUUGACUCAGCUUCAGACUCAGAAGAACGGCUCUCCACUGUUGAGUCUGAGCCAAAAGCCUCCUUUUCUGAGCCUGAAACUGUGUCAGGGCACUCCCGCAACAGCAGUCAUGAGUCUGGUGAAGUGCUGUCCUGCACAGGCAGUGUAGGAUCAUCGUCUCAACAUCGUAAACCCAAAACUGGAGCAUCAGUUGUCCGUCAUGUUGCUCUCACAGGCAUUGCCUCCCAGUUGGUGUCAGCUCAGGAACGGAGCAACUCUGGCUUACCCACAAGCAUGGCCGUGGGCAGUGUUAUCUGUAUAGGAACAAGCCAUGGACUGGUCAUGGUGUUUGAGCCCAGCCAGGCCUUAAAGUGGUGUCUCCAGAGUCAUGUUGGUGAAGAGUCCUAUGGUUCUGUCUCUGCUUUGGCUCUCAGUGAAGAUGGAAUACGUCUCCUGGCUGGUUAUGCUAAAGGCCAUCUCUGUCUUUUUGAUCUCAGCACUGGCAAUCUGGUCCAAGCCAUCCCUGAUGCUCACUCUGCUCACACAGCAGUUCUGCACCUCAAGUGGACAGACAUGCCUAAUCUGGCAAUGCUGAGUGAUAGUGGAGGGUCGGUUUUUGAAGUGGCAGUGAAGCGCACGAUGGGCCUCAACAGCAACAUGAGUCGCUGCAUCUUCACUGGGAGUCGUGGUGAGGUCUGCACCGUUGAACCCCUCCUCAUGAGUCGCUUCAAUGUGGCGCCCUUGCUCCAUGAUGUCAUUGUGGCUAUGGCCACCAUCACCAAGGUGAUUGUGGUGUCGCUGCGACCGUUCCCGAAGGUGCUCUUCUCUUCAGCCCUGCGUGGCUCACCGUCUUCUCUGCCAUUGCUGGCGUGGCAGUUUGUGGUCAUCCAGAUGCCAGACCACUCCAGAGUAGUCGACCCCGUGCUGGCCUUUGGGCGACAAAACCUCCUUUGUUUCUAUCAGGUAACACAUGGUGCUGGUGACUCACUGCAGUUUGUGCCACUGCGCCAAAUCACCACUGAAUAUUUAUUACACAACAUAGCCUGGCUGAAUGGAUCAACAAUGGCCCUGCUGGACAGCAGCGAGCAAUGUCAUGUGCUGGACGUUCGCUCGCAACAAACCAUCGAGACCAUCGACAUGACGGCCCUGGAACUGGUGUACGCAUCGCAGCAUUUCAAGGCCAGCGCUACGGGGGGCAACGUCAGCAAAGCCAUGGCGGUAGCUGGUGAGCGUGCCUGCUACCACUCCAUGGUGAGCUUCGGCAACCAAGUCAUCUUCCUGGGCACCCGCACCCUACAGGUGGUGACGGUGCGCAGCUGGCAGGAGCGGCUGGACCAGCUGGCAGGUGGUGGGCAGAUGGCGGCGUGCCUGCAGCUGGCCCGCCAUAUGCUCAGUGGCACCGCCGUGGCGGUGGUCGGGCUGCCACACCGCCGCUCCAAACGGCGGGCCGCCUUACGUGCUAAAAUAUCCCACCUGGUCGAGGCCAUGUUGGAUAAGUGGCAUAGUGCGCCACAUGGCGGUGAGGUGAGUGGUGUGCUGCUGGAGGCCCUUGUCCCCCACAUCAUCUCAGGGGAGCUGACAUCACUCCCCCCCAGCCUGAGUCAGGAGUUACUGCAUCACUACGAGCAGCAGCAGAUGUGGCAGCCACUAGAGGCCGUCAUCAUACAACUGACCGUCACGUCUCUGGACCUCCACCAGACCGUCACGUUGUGUCGACGUCGUCGUCUUUAUGACGCACUUAUUCACAUCUACACACGCUGCCUCAACGACUACCUCACUCCACUGCACCACCUUAUUUCUGAGCUUGCCAGCGCUCUGGACGACAGCAGCGCCGCAGAGCUGCCCAGCUGCUCCGUAGCUCUGGGCAACAAACUACUUGUGUUUGUGUCGUGUUGUCUGGCGGGGCGUGGUUAUCCUACUGGGGAUGUGGCGGCUGAUCAGCUGCAGCAGGUGAAGUACGACGUCUUCAAAUGCCUCACGACCGUACACACCAAGAACGCUGACGAGUCUCAGAAGCCUUUCCCGUUCCUACGUACUUUGCUCCGAUUUAACACUCGAGAAUUUCUGAACGUUCUUUCACUUGCCUUCCAAGAGGCCGAGUUUGCCUCUGAGCUUGGACUGCUACAGCGGCGCCGACUGAUGGACAUCCUGGUACAGGUGAUGGAAAACAGUGAGGACUUCAGUGAGGCUGAGGUGUGCUCGCUAUAUCUCUUCAUAGGACGGCACCUGACCAGCCUCCCGUCAACUGAGUCUGGGCACCUUGAUAAGGUGCUCCUUACUGCCUUAGUAACCUUGAUAAGGUGGCGGGUGUGUGAGAAGCUGUACAUCAGUGAAGGUCGUCCAGAAAAAGUCCUCACCUGCUACCUUAACGACCCCGCGCGCCUGCAGCAGGUGCUGCCCUACCUGCACCACGCCGCUACCGCGCAGACGCUGCAGCAGGUGCAGCAGCAGCUGCAGCAGCACUUCCAGGAUUUGGUUCGCCUUGACGCCCCCGGAACAGCCGAGCUCCUCCUAGACCACACACGCCUGUCUUCUCUGGUGCCAGACCUGCUGCAGACCCUCAGCUGCCCUACAGACCAGUACGCUGUGCUGUCUGCACUCUACACUCACAGCUUGUCAACUCAGCGCCCUACAGCCCUGAGUGCUGACCUGCAGCUUCAGCUCGUAGUCCUAACUUGUCAGCAACACGCCGAUCAGCUGCUCGACCUGCUACACUCCAUACUGGCGUCAGCUACGUGCAGCGUGCACUCCCUAUUGCAGACGGUACGGCAAUUUGCCGGCACGGAAGAAGCUGAAGCUUUUUUGCUGCUGCGGAGCGUCCAAGUGCAGGAGAGCGUCGCGCUCUACACAGCAGUGCUGAGGAACAUGCUGACUGAGCUCAAGACAUAUCAGGACCCGGGUGAAGGCAUCACCAACACGCCGCCUCUACUAGACCGUUUCUCCGCUAAG